AAUUUCUGGCAGCCUUGCACCUGCCAACUUCGUUCUGUUACCUAAACUACUGCACCGACUUUGGCUAGGCCGGGCGAGACCAGUUUGGUUGUCGGUGUGUUGUGCAACUUGCUCCUUCUUCAUAAAUACAGAGCAUUUCCGCCCUCUGUCCGAACUUCAUUCUCGCUCAUCACUGAAAGCACACUCACCGUUACUCUUCUUGACUGUCGACGAGCUUCAAACCAUGGACCAAAUGUUGAACUUGUCGGUACCUGCAUCCCAAACCGCACCCACACCCUCAGCCUCGUCGCUUUUCCCUCCUCAACCUCUAUCGAUGGCCUUGCAUGCUAUCAAUUCUUCUUCUGCUAUUCACACGCGGUCGCUACCAUCCCGCAAUUUCACCCCCAAAGACUGGGAUACCCACAAGACAGAAAUAUCUACCCUUUACCAGAAGACUACGUUGCGUCAGAUCCGAGAACUCAUCAGCAACAAGUACGGCCUUGAAGCAUCGGACAAACAAUACAAAGACCGAUUCAAGAAAUGGAAUUUGAGCAAAAAUAUCAAGGAAAAACAAUGGCUUGCAAUCCAAAGGAAGAAGACUGAACGCGACAGGGUUGGAAAGUCUUCAUCGGUACGAGUCCAAGGUAAACACAUAUCGGAAGCUAGACUUGAGCGGUACUUCCAUGACAACCCCGGACUUCUCAACAACGUCAGUGUGUCAGUUGAGGAUAAGAAUGGAAUGGCGGCAACACCAAAAGACAUACAAGUCUUCACACCCUCAGACAACCGAACUUGCACGUCUGUUGUAGCUUCAAGCCCACCAAGCAGAAUCCAGGUCAUCAUCAAGACGCCUGAUGACAUACAUCAAAGCCACUUCGCAGACAUGAUUGACAUAGACGCCGCGGAAGACUUGUAUUCUGCUAGUCCGCCUAGAGCGCGUUCCCCUGGAACCAUUCCCUCAAGAAUUCUCGGUAACGACAUGCGAGAGUUGUCGUUCAAUCCUCCAGAGGACACAGAACCCGCGGGAGAUGUAUACUCUGCCAGUCCUGCACGAAUUUCGGCGUCUGGAGCAGCUACCUCUGAAGAUCCUGAUACACCUAUGCCAGACUCGUCGUCAGAUAUCCGAAUGUCUCCACCGCCAUCACCUGCUUUGUCAAUCUCCAGUCUCGUAGAACUCAGCAAGUACAGAGGAGAAGAUCCAGCUCCUAUUUUCGAAGACAUCGAGGUCCCCGUUCUUCCUCAGCCGUUCUUUGACUCAACACACUGGCCCCAGAGCUUCUACACAGACUCAGUCGUUGACUUGAUGGGCUCCAAAGAGGAGGCAAGCAAGUGGCAGUUGCAAAAAAAUCCCAUGGGCAAGCGAUAUCGACAGGAAGAAGAACGUACGCUCUGGGUAGAGAUAGAUCUAAAGACCUCCGAGUUCGAAGGUUACAAUCCAGAGGUUGAGACUGCCUUGUUCGCACUAUAUAACUUACUUGUCCACCAAGGGAGGUACAAGAUGGCGGAAAGUAUCAUUCGAAGGGUUGUGUCUGAAUACACUGUGGAAGACAAUGAGAAUGUCACAAAACUUCGUGCACGAAGUCUUCUAGCUCAGAUACUGAGCUACCAAGGUUUCCAUCGCAAUGCCAUGAAGAUUCACCAACAAGUCCUUCAUUAUCAAGAGAAACUCCUUGGAUCUGCACAUCCAGACACAUUGAGCAACAAGCACCGGCUAGCAUGGACACUUUACAACUUGGGACAAUACAAGAAAGCCGAAAGGCUGGGGAAAGAAGUGAUAGAAAUCAGUACACGAGUCUUUGGCGCCGAGCAUCCUAAUACGCUAGCGUCAAUCAGUAACCUGGCAUUAGCAUACAAGAGGCAAGGCCUUUGGGGCGAGGCUGAGAAGUUGGAGCUGCGGUUGCUUGAAACUGACAAGAUGUUGUGGGGCAGUGGCCAUCCUGAGACGCUCACGCACAUGUCGAAUUUGGCAGGCACGUACGCAGAGCAGGGCCGCUGGAAAGACGCUACAGAGCUCGGAGCAGAAGCAUUGGAGAUACGCAGGGGGGUGCUAGGCGAGGAACAUCCGAAUACCGUUGCCAGCAUGCACGAUUUGGCGAGGACAUAUUAUGGUCUAGGUCACUGGGAUAAAGCCGAGGAGCUGCAAGUGGAAACAUUGCGACUGAGCAGGAAGGUGCGGGGGAAAGAGCAUCCCGACACGCUAAUUCACAUGCACAAUCUCGCAGUCAUGCGGCAACGCCAAGACCGCCUGGAAGAGGCCGAGAACAUGUUAGAACAAGCACUCGAGAUGCAGAGGAGAGUGCUAGGGGAGGAGGACCCAGACAAACUGAGUACCAUGCGCGUUUUGGCAUCGGUGUUUUGCGAUCAAGGUCGCUGGGACGAUGCCGAGAAGCUUGGGAAGGAAGUUUUGCAUUCGACGGAGAACUGGUUUGGCGAAGACCAUCCUAGCACAUUGGCUACGAAAAACAACUUAGCUCUAACAUACGUCAGCCAAGGUCGCUUUAGCGAGGCCGCUGAGCUGGAAGUCGAAGUGUGGGAGAUAAAGAAGAGGUUGUACGGCGAGCAGCAUCCAGAAACCAUCAUUAGUAUGAACAAUCUUGCGUAUACGUGGAAGGACCUGGGGCGAGGCGGGGAAGCUGUGCUGUUGAUGGAAGACUGUGUACGGCUGUGUCAGGAAGUCAUCGGUGCUGAGCAUCCAGAUACGAUUGGCAGUAUGUAUGGUCUUGCUUGUUGGCGGAGGGAUCAGGGUCGAGAUAAUGACGCUGUUGAGUUGAUGACAAAGUGUGUGGAGUUAAAUAGUAGGGUUCUCGGCGCUGAUCAUAAGGACACUCUAUUAAGCAUGCACGAGCUCGCGAUCAUGUGGAAGAACCAAGGUCAGGUGGAUGAGGGUAUUGACUUAAUGACGAAGUGCGUGGACUUGCGAACCAGAGUACUUGGUGCUGAGCAUCAGAAUACCCUUCAUAGCAUGCACGUGCUUGCGAUUAUGUGGAAGGAUCAUGGUCGAGAUGAUGAGGCUGUUGAGUUGAUGACGAAGUGUGUGGAGGUUUUGACCAAAGUCUUCGGUACCGAGCAUAAGGGCACAAAAGCCUGUUUCGCAUGGCUGAAUUUCUGGGAACAAGAAAAGCUCUGUGGCGCGGAUGAUUGGCAGGAAGAAGAUGAGGAGAUGAGCGACGGAGAAUAUAAUGACGAUGAGGGGGAUAGCAUGGAAGAGAGCGCUGAUGAGGAAAUUGGACUGGAGGGAAGGGCAACUGAUAGGAUCCCUUGUGAUGACCUUGGAUAA